UGAAACGGAAAUUCUGGAAGAGGGAAGAUCAGAAUCUCCGAUGGGUGACGUCAGUAGAGCCACCUCCUCCGCCGCCGGCGAUGAUCUUCUUCUCAAGGAAUUCUUCUCUGAGGUCAGCGAGGUCGAGCGCGAUAACGAAGUUAACAGGAUCCUUUCAUGUUUCAAGUUAAAUGCAUUUGAGUAUCUUAACCUUCCAUUUACAUCCUCUGUGGAUGACGUGAAAAGGCAAUAUCGAAAGUUAUCAUUGCUUGUUCACCCUGAUAAAUGCAAACAUCCACAAGCAAAGGACGCAUUUGGAGCUUUAGCUAAAGCACAACAAUUGUUACUCGACCAACAAGAGAGGGAUUAUAUUCUGAACCAGGUUAAUGCUGCACGAGAGGAACUUUUAGCAAAAAGGAAGAAGCAGCUUAAAAAGGACACUGCUACCAAAUUAAAAUCAUUAGUUGAUGAGGGGAAAUAUGAGCAGGAAUAUGAACGAUCAGAGGAAUUCCAGCAGCAGUUGAAAUUGAAAGUUCGAGAACUCUUAACAGAUCAAGAGUGGAGGAGGAGAAAGAUGCAGAUGAGGAUAUCAGAGGAAGAAGGUAGAUUAAAGAAAGAUGAAGAAGAAACAAAGGAAAUGUGGAAACGAAAGCGUGAACACGAGGAGCAGUGGGAAGGGACAAGAGAAAAUAGGGUUUCUAGCUGGAGGGAUUUCAUGAAGGGAGGAAAGAAGGCUAAGAAGGGUGAGCUUCGACCACCAAAGCUGAAGACGGAGGAUCCAAACAAGUCGUAUGUUCAAAGACCACUCAAACGCUGAAGACGGAGGUUCCAAACAAGUCGUAUGUUCAAAGACCACUCGAACAAGGGUGAAACUAGUCUGCUUUGAGAUGUAGUGUUGCUAGUAAUCGUUUAAGCCUAUCUCUGUUGUGCCUCAAUUUAACUAGUCAUCUCUCAAACAACAGACAAACACCUUUAUGGUGACGUGUACAAUAUUCAUUAAUACCAGUUGCUUAUCAUAGUUCCAUAUAA